AUGGUUAAUCUUAGUCCUAAUUUAAAGCGAAUUUUUUCUGCAUUUGUAAUUUUUUCUUUUGGAUAUCUUGGAUAUCUAGUCUUUUUUAAAGAAGGACCAGACUUUAUGGAUUAUAGAGUAUACAUAAAAGAUGUAGCAAGUUAUGUUGUCUUAGCUACACAAUUAGGUGGCAAAGUUGUCUAUGAUUUAUACAAUGAAAAAAGUUUAGAAUUAAAUAUAAAAUCAAAAGGAAAGUUAGAUGUUGGAAUUCAGGAACUUUUUACUGAUGCUGAUGUUAAUUCAAAUGCUAUAAUGAUAAAGGUAUUAAGUCGACUUCCAAAUAUCCGUGUCAUUUCAGAAGAAAAAGAACCAGCUGGAAAAAAUUUUAAUCUUGAUAAGUAUGAAGAGUUUAGAAGACCAUUUUGGGCAGAGAUGAAAGAUGUUAUUUCACAAUUACCAGAAGAUUCAUUUGAAGUUUCUAAGCUUAAUAUUUGGAUUGAUCCAUUAGAUGCUACUCAGGAGUAUACUGAAGGCCUGACACAGUAUGUCACGACAAUGGGAUGUGUAACAUAUAAGGGGGAACCAAUUUUUGGUGCAAUCUAUAGACCAUUUUAUAAUGAAACGAUCAUUGGUUAUGGUUUUGGUAAUAAUAGAUGGGCUGCUACUAAAGUAUAUAAAGGUGAAAUUUCAAAAGAAGAAUGGUCAAAUGCUCCCAAAAAGGUUGUUGUUUCAAGAAGUCAUGCAGGAGAUGUUAAAGAUGUAGUUGUAAAAUCUUUAGGUAGUGAAUAUGAAGUAGAAGGAGCUGGUGGUGCUGGAUAUAAAGUUUUACGUCUUCUAAAUGGAACUGCUAUGUAUUAUAUUCAUUCUACAACUAUAAAGAAAUGGGAUACAUGUGCAGGUCAUGCAUUAUUGAAGUCUGUUGGUGGUGAUAUAGUUAAAUUCGAUGGACAACCUAUUGAUUAUACUGUUGAUAAGGACGAAGAUAUUUAUAGUAGAAAUGGUCUCGUAGCUGCAAUUACAAAUCCAUACACUACUGUUAAAAAUGCUAUGAAUAUAGAAAAAUUUAAUAAAUUAACAUGGGAGAGAUUUCAAAAAAGAGAUGACUAUCUUCGAUUAAUGAAAAAUGUUGAAACAUUACUGGAUAACUACAGAUUUAAUCUUGCAAAAAUUCGUGUAACAUCGGGAUACAAUUACGCCCUAGAGAACCAGAAAAACAUUGGUGAUUUAGAAUUAGAACCUGUUUUGUAUUGUUUAAUAAGUAAUGAUGAGGUUUUUUCACUAGAAAAUGUUAAUAUUUUGUGUGAAAAAGAAACUAGCAAAAAUAAUAAAGAUAUUACACCAAAGAAAAAUUUAUUCAGACCAUUUGGUAUGUUAGAAAAUAUUUAUGUCAAAAAUGCAAGAAAAUCAAUUGAACAAGUAUUAUCCUUAUCUUGUGAAUUGGCAACAUUAAGAAAAGAACUUUUAAUUUUAGAUAAAGAGUAUUAUGCCGCAAGGGAUACUUUAGAAUUUUGUUAA